AAAAAAAAUAGUUUGCAUUGACAAGAAAUGAAAGGAGAAUAUGUAGAAGUAAGAAAAAACCAUUCUAAUAAUAUUACUCCUAGCAAUAUUUAUAUGUUUGGUAAACUUCAUCAAACCCAAAAUUUCAACCAUCAUCACCACCAAUUGCCAUCUCAGCCGAUAGUAUCCAUGUCAGCUCCACCACCACCACCGUCUUCCUCCUCCGCCAAUGACGGCGCCACAAUUGAAGUCGUCCGCCGUCCACGUGGUCGUCCACCCGGGUCGAAAAACAAACCCAAACCUGCACCCAAUUACAUCACAACAACACGUGAUGAUCACAUGGAAAAAUCCACUAUGAGUCCUUACAUACUCGAAAUACCAUUAGGGGUCGAUAUUAUCGAUUCAGUCUAUCGAUUUUGCAGAAAACAUAAUACAGGGCUGUGUAUUAUAAAUGGGUCGGGUACAGUUACAAAUGUUACACUUAGGCAGCCUUUCACCAAUAACCCUGAUUCAACAAUUACCUUCCAUGGUAAUUUCAAUAUUCUUUCAAUUUCAGCUACAAUUAUUCCCCAAAGUAUUUUCUCAAAGGUUCUAAAUGGGUUCAGUAUUUCGUUAGCUGGCCCACAAGGUCAAGUUGUUGGUGGGCCUGUAAUUCGGCCUCUUUUAUCAGCUGGGCCUGUAUAUUUAAUUGCUGCAAGCUUUAAUAAUUCGUUUUACCAUAAGUUUUCGGUGGAGGAUGACGAAGGCAGUCAGUCGGCGGUUGCCGGGGAUGGAGAUAGUGGACAUACACUAGAAUCAACUCAUCAUGAGUAUUGUUACUGAUUUAGAGUCGUAUUUAGAAUUUGAAAAUUUGAAAUUUCAUGUUAUGUAGUUUUGUUUAGUGGGUCCAUAGUAUUGUUUUUAUAUUUUAUAGAAUUUUAAGUUAAAAAGUUGGAUUUAGUACCGUGAAAAGGAGAGACUUUUGAAUGUUUGAUAAAUGUAACAUUUUGUUCUUGGACUAUUCCUUAA